AUGUCAGCACUUGGCAUGCCUCCACAUCUGUUGGUGCUCUUCCAAGCAAGACCGCCACUGGAUUACAUACCGCCAAUACAAAAUGGAAUGAAGAAGAAGAUCGAUGGUAUCGCAGCGUAUCUAGACAGCUUUUCAGAUGAAAAGGUACCACCUGACCCACCGUUCGAAACACCACGUCAACGUGCUGAUAGGAAGAAACGCCAAAAACUAAUAGAAUUUCAACGUAAACAACGACUAGAUAGAGAGGCGUAUGACCCUAAGUUUGACCCAGCGUUGGCUCGUGGGUCUACCAACCCAUGGCUCACCCACGACCCUUACAAAACACUAUUCGUCUGUAAUAUUCCGUACGAAAUGACGGAGAAGCAACUAUGGAAGGAAUUCGACGUAUAUGGUAGAGUUCGACGUAUACGUAUGAUUAACGAUCGCACGAACCGACCGCGCGGCUACGCUUUCGUUGAAUACAGCGACGAACGCGAUAUGGUAAAUGCAUAUAAACGAGCUGAUGGCAAAAAAAUUAGUGGACGCCGCGUCAUGGUCGAUGUAGAGCGAGCACGCACAGUCGAGGGGUGGUUCCCAAAACGUCUGGGCGGCGGAAAAGGACGCUCACGCACAAAACCACCAAAGUUCUACGAUGAGAAACCACUAAUUAUCGAUGAACCAGAAUUGGAAGAUUCACCAGUUUCGGAUGACGAUAUACCGGAGGAAGUGGAAGAAGGUCAGGUUGUGUAA